CACACACACACACAAAAUUAAUAAUGUACGUACAUAUCAUAUUAAUUAAUUAACCUAAAGGGAUUUAGCACAACUUUAGAUGGUCUGUUUGGUUUACCGAUGUUCUUAUAGAUGCAAAGAGCCAACACAAUUGCUGUAUUUCAGCAACUGUCAGUGAGACUAGAUGUCAUUGAUGCAGUCUCUGCAAGUGGAUGGAUGCAUAAUAUAUCGUUUGAGCAACGUAAGGCAAUUUUGCAAAGCCUUGUAGUGAAUGAGCUGGUGUUCAAGCGCAAUACAGCAAUUGAGCACCUCAGAGAAGGCCUUGCUUCAAUGAACAUUCUACAUCUCUUGCAGUCCAAAAGACAUUGUAUGAUGUAUCUUCUUGUGUUCCAAGAAACACACUUGACAUUGGAGAAAAUGCAAGAAAUACUGAAUAUUAAUAGGCCAGCGACAGAAGCACAGGCAAGAGCUGAGAUAUUUUUCCAGCAAUUCUCAAGUAACAACAAAGAAAUUGUUGUCCAAAACCAGCCAAUUUCUGCCUUGUCUGCUAUCCUGCAGUAUGUAGCUGCAGUCGAAACUGUUUAGCAGCUACCACCAUCUACUUUAAUUUCAGUGCAGUAUUUAGAAGAUGGUGAUAGAACAGCAGCCAUGCCAAUGGCCUCGACGUGCAUACCAGCUCUUUACCUCCCAGUAGUACAUGAGGAUUAUGUUUCGUUCCAGACUACUUUUACCAUGGCUUUGGAGUUUGGCCUCGGUGGUUUUGGCGUAAUCUAACUGACAUAACUAAUUGCACUCAGCUGUGGCACUUGACUUAGUAGUAUGCAGGAAAUUGAAAAGGAGUUAAAUUAAGAGGUUUUGCUGUAGCUGUUGAUAGUUGCUUUAGAGUAAAUUACAUGGCACAUCUGUUUGCUUUUUCAUUAGUUUAAUUUAAGUUAAUUUAAACAUUCA